UCAGCUACGACCACAUCGACCCGUCCAUUUUCACUGUCCUGACCUGCAAGUCGGCUCAUCCGGGCACGGCUGUGGCAGACUUUGUCGUGUUCCCGCCGCGCUUCGAGGUGCAGCAGCAUACGUUCCGCCCGCCCUACUUCCACCGCAACUGCAUGAGCGAGUUCAUGGGCCUGAUUCACGGCGAGUACGAGGCGAAGAAGGGCGGGUUCCUGCCCGGUGGCGCCAGCCUGCACUCGAUGAUGACGCCGCAUGGCCCUGACGCCAAGACUGUCGAGAACGCCACUACGCGCGAUCUGCUGCCUGGCCGUGUUGCUGACAACACCAUGGCCUUUAUGUUCGAGUCCAUGUUCCAGCUGAGGUGA